AUAAAACAUGCAUUAAUUAAGAGGUUUAAUAAGAUGAUACAUAUCAAAAGGAGAAUAAAACUAUUCUUUUAUUAGAAUAGGAAGAUUAUAUAGUUAAUUGCAGAAAGCUCAUCUGUUUAUUAUAUGAACCUAAAGAUAGGGUCCUUGAAAGUUUUUCAUUGCUAAUUGAUUCCUAUGUUUUGAAUUUUUUUAAUCAAUUCCUUAUCAUUAUUUAACACUGUUAGUAUUUCACCGCAAAAUCCAAGUAUGCUAUUAAAUAUAAAAAUAAAAAGGUAAGGGUUAUAGCGAUGAUGAGUUUGUGUCUUGAGGGUAGUCAUUGAAGUGGAAGAAAUAGUUGAUUAAAGUUUUUAAAAAAUUAACAGUAAAAUAGUAAUUUUACACCUAAUUAAAUUGGAAUAAAACGACAUCAAUGAUAAGCACAGGGACCAUUUUCGAAAUUUCCUCUAUAUUAUAUUAAUAUGUCAUGUUUAACCAUAAAAUAUGUGAAGCUGGCUGUUAAGUGUUGGUGUUAACUUCUACUUCUACUUCUACUUCAAUUCUCUCUCUAACAUCUUUCCAGUGGUAUGGGAACAACCAUUCCGUCAGCUCAGCCAACGAUAGUUCCAUUUCCGGCAAUGUCUUGCCGGAAACCACCACGUACUCCUUCCUUUUUGUCUGUCCUAACACAGCCCACGUUUGUGACUAUCAACGAAGAUGACCUUAAUCUUAAUCUAAAGAUUAAUACACGAAAUAAUACAACUGCCACCACAUCAAAGAGUACUGUUGUUUAUCACGACAGCUUGAUUGAAUCUAUUGCCAUUGAUUACAUCUCCAAAGCCUUCCAAGAAACCAGUGGUUUGAGAAACGAAAAAUCUGGGUACGACGGGUUUGUGGCAGUUUCAUCAGCGGUAUUUCGGGAGUUUGAUCCUACACAACAACGUCAAAUUGUUGAUAAGACUCUCGAGAAAGCUAUUCCUGGUUUUAUGCUUAUUAUGAUUAGAAAUCUGAUGCCAGAAUCGAAGUUUACAAGGGAGUUUUUUGCCGUUUUCACCACCGUCUUCUUUCGUUGGUUAGUCGGGCCUAGCGAGGUAAGAGAGUCGGAGUUUGAAGGGAAAAAAGAGAGAAACGUUGUCCACAUACAGAAAUGCAGGUUUUUGGAGCAGGCUAAUUGCAUAGGCAUGUGUACAAACCUCUGCAAGAUUCCGACACAAGAGUUUAUUAAGAAAAAUUUCGGAACUCCAGUCAACAUGGUCCCUAAUUUUGAUGAUAUGAGUUGUGAGAUUAUAUUCGGUCAAGAUCCUCCAGCACAAGAAGAUGAUCCGGCAUUUAAGCGACCAUGCUACAAACUAUGUAAUGUAAAAAAAAGACAUAGUGCAAGCUGCAGUAAGUAGACCUUCAAGGAGACACAUGCAAUAUAGGGAUUCAAAGAAGAAAAGCUAGGUUGUGGAGAAGAUGCUGCUGUGACUGUGCUGACCCUUCUCACACUCAUUAAUACGCUAUAAGUACGUCAUAAGUCACUUGAAAAGAUCAAGGCAUGUCAUAAUGUGUUUUUGUGAUUGGGAAAGAUGCCAUCGAGUAAUGCAGGAAAACCAUAUGUGUAUCAUUAGCGGACAACCAUUAAUUAUUGUGAAUAUGUAGUAAAUAAACAGCGUUACUUUUUAAGAUGCGUUUAAUUCUUGUACAUACAAUUAAUCGUGUUUUGAUUUUUUUGUUAAAAAUAGGGGUUUGUAAUAGGGUAUGUUGAUAUCAAACUUGGAUAUAUGCUUGGAUCGUAUAUUUACUGUCCUUGAACAAUAUUUAUGACCUUG